AUGUCCACUAAGCCUCUCGCUAUCAUCGCCGGUGUGGGGCCCGGUACAGGGGCCUCGAUCGCGCGCAAAUUCGCCCAAGCAUAUUCCAUCGCGCUGUUGGCUCGUAAUCCAGCCAACUUCGAACCUCUUGUAGAGGAGCUCAAAUCAAAAGGUGGAGAGGCCGUCGGCAUCAGUACUAAUCUCUCGGACUCGGCCAGCGUCAAGUCUGCGUUCGACCAGAUCUCUCAGAAAUAUCCAAACUCGCCUCUGGCGGCAGCCGUAUUCAAUCCCGGUGGUGGCUUUGUCAGGAAGCCAUUUCUAGAGCUGACGGAAGAGGAGUUUUUACAAGGAUUCGAGAGUCAAGGGAAAGGGGCAUUCAACUUUGCCCAAAGCUCCCUACCUCUUCUCCUACAAGCCAAGCACCUUCAGCACCCACCCACUUUGGUCUUCACGGGCGCCACAGCCAGCGUCAAGGGAUCGGCCAAUUUUUCGGCCUUCGCGACGGGCAAGUUCGCUCUACGCGCGCUGGCCCAGUCACUAGCUCGUGAAUUCGGGCCAAAAGGCGUACAUGUCUCUCACGUCAUUGUCGAUGGAGUCAUUGAUAUCCCGCGCACGAAGGCGUAUAAGUUUGAGCACGAAGAUGCGAAACUUGACCCCAACGCUAUCGCGGACUCCUACUGGCAUCUGCAUACGCAGCCUCGUACCACAUUCGGAUUCGAGCUGGAUCUGCGACCCUAUGUGGAGAAAUGGUAG